GGGAAGAAUUGUAUACAGACUUGAUCAAAACCUCGUUACCAAGCUUAAGUACAGUUGUUAUUUUGGUUUUGCAUCCUUGACAACUGAAAAUCCUUAUAUACGAAUCCAUUUUUAAGAUAUUAAAAGGCCUCCUCAAGGAAUCUCCAGGGCGAAAGCUACCGAGGGAAAUCAACGGAUUUUAAAAGGCAAGAUUAAGGAAACGAGAAAUAACCAUGUGCAGCAAGAAAGUUGCCGGAGUGGCCCUGCUCAUAACAGGGCUCGUCUUGGUAAUAAUUGGUGUUAUCAUUGGACUCCUACUACCGAAUGCAGCUCAGAAGAAAAUUGAAGAAUCAGUUUGUGUGAACGGCAAGGACAGCCCAGGAUAUGAAAGAUGGGAGGGCCCCAGUCAUUACACAACAAGAGUCUACUACUGGAAUAUCACCAACAAAGAUGGAUUUCUACGAGGAGAAAAACCACAGCUUCGUCAAGCAGGUCCGUAUGUCUACAGUAUAACAUCAAAGCAAAUUGACGUGAAGUUCGAAGGUGCAAAAGUUACAAGCAAAUCGUUCGAGAAGGCUGAAUUCAACAAGACACGUACCAGAGAAGAAUGUCCAACAUGUGGCAAAGACGAUGAGCUAACAAUAUUGAAUGCAGGUUACCUCGCCAAAGGAAAGGCACUGAGCCAGGCUCUUAUACCCCUCGUGAUGAACGUAUUGUUCGUCGGACUUCAGAAAAGUCUGAAUGAUAGCGAUAUUCUCCUCCAAAUGGGACUCACCGAAAAUCAGCUAAACUUAAAAUACCCAUCGAACCCUGCUUUUGGCUCCUGGAUCAAUUCCUCUCAAAGUUUUUCGUCUCUACGAAAAAACUACUCUGUGGUAGAGAUGAACGGCUUAUACGGUGCAUUUCGGAACGUAUCGAAAUUCGGACCAUUUACAGACACACCACUGCUAAAAAAAUGCCUGAACGGCAGUUUGGUCAGUAUACAGUGCGGUCUUGCGUUAAACUUGAAAUUCGUCUUGAAGGAACCUAAAGCUGCAGCAUUUAUACAAGAAUUGUUGUGUCCAGAUCUGAACUCAUCAUGCUUCAACACCUCAAGUAUUCUCAUAUAUCAAGCCCUCGGCGAUUUCAUCGAUGAACUUUCUAAAUAUGUCCUUUUUUUUCUGGAAAAAAAUAACUUUGGGGCGACGACCACUCGAAAUCAGAAUGACUUGACAAUUGGGUAUGUGCUACGGUUACCAAGAUACCCAACCGGAAUACCUAUCCCAGGGAUAGUAACCUCACAUGCCAAUGAAACUGAAGCCACGAAGGUGGCAACAAGCUCUACAUUCCACACCUGUGAAUCCACGGGAGACAGAUUUGCUUUUGCAGCGGUAGGAGGUGAAAGUACAGUUAGUACCAAUCUAUAUCCAGAUGCGUCUAAUGAACAGCUCAAGGUUCGUGGCUACUACACACAAUUUCCUGGAAGGAAAAGUUUAAAAGCUUGUUCAACCAAGUACGCUCCAACCAAAAACAGCUAUGAGAUUUUCAUUUCUCAUUUCCGUUUCCCUGUUCCUGUCAAAUACAAAGAGGACGUCGAAAUACACGAAAUUCCAAUGCACAAAUACUUAUUGGAUGAGGCUGCAGUUGAGGUAAAUAACGUGACCGUGUUCACCAAAGGUGUUUUUGAUGUGAGCCGGGUUUUGGAAGGUCCCAUCUACGCCAGCCUACCGGCAUUUCUUUAUGGAGAAGAGUCUCUUCACAAGGAUCUGGGGCUUGAUAAACCUACUGCAGACGAGCACGAGUCCCUGCUGAGUAUUGAGCCGAUAUCUGGGAGCGUUAUGCAACUCAAACUUCGUAUCCAACUGAAUGGAAUAUUAUCAAGUGACUUGUCACCUCCCGGCACAAAUGUGACCUUUGUUAACAAAUUGAUUCCUAUGUCGUGGACGGAAAUAGAAGCAACCAUUGAUGCAGACACGGCUAAGGAAUACAGCUCACAGGUGUUUGGAAGCCUUCGAAUGUCGUGUGGUUUACUCGUGUCCUUACCUGUGAUUGGUGGGAUCCUUGUCAUUGUUGGUGUGGUUUUAAUUCUCAUGGCUGUCAAGAAACCCGACUCUGUGACUGUAGCUUGAGCUUUCCGUCUAGGAAGUGUAAAUUAAUAGUGCGAGAAUUUCACAUGUAAUAUUUACACUUGAUUGUUCCUUCCAAGCUUAGCUACCAUGGAUUGCUACCGUUUCCUAUACACGUCUUUCAAUUUCUGACACUUUUUACGACUCGACUGCUAAAACUACAUUUAAACAUAAACAAUCUACCCUCUCUACCCUUUAAGUAUAAAUCCAAUUGGAUUUACCAAGUUUUACAGAUUUUUUCUUAAGAGUCUUAUUUGAUAAGACAAAUCAUGAGACCAUGGAAAGAGAACUACUUUUUUAUAGCAAUAGCCAUGGUAGCGACAGCGAUAACGACCACAACUAACCGUUUGUAAAUAUUAUUCCAUCAAAGAUGAAUCAUUGCUAUUGUAAAUACCUUGGUCUGCGCCUAAGUUAACAUCAUCUAAAACAAAUUUUAUUUGGAAAUCACUUAUGUUGAAUCAAUAGCUUAGUUUUAAAAAGGCUAAAUGUGCUAUAUUACUACAAGCAGGAAAGUAGAAUUCCCCAAUAGUCGCCGAGUCGCCAUUUCUUUCGCAGGAAUUACUUCACUUCAUCUCCUGCUCUCGGUUUUUGAUAUGGAUCACUGCCCGUUAUUACAUCAUUGGACGCGGCGA